AUGUACUCGUCGUCGUCGUCGCUGGGAGCCAGACCUCCCCGCAAACACCACUCCUUUGAGGUCCUCUCCUCGUCUCCGUCUCCAUCAGACACCACCGCAAACUCAUCUCUCGAUCGCGUCUUUAGCGCGCGUAGCGCCAGCAGCUUCAGCCACACCUCCUCUCCAGACACUCUUUGCAGCCAACAGACACCUCCAUCAUUCAAGCAUACUUCCCACACCUCCUCGCCCAACGACAAUCCAGCAUCGGUCCCACGCCUCCCCACAGACGACGCCAACGACUCUCGCUUCGAUAGCCUCCAAGACCUCCUCGAGCGAGCCGGAUACAAAGAGACCCGCGUCGUCACUCCCGACCGCCACUCGCUCGCAGGCAUGUUGGCCAACAAGCUCGCCACGCCUCCGCGCAAACCCAGGAUGGUCGACGACUUCUCCUCCGACUCGCCCUCACUCGCCGCCUCCGAACUCCGUCGAGCCGUCCAUCGAUCCGCUGCGUCCACAAGCAAGAGCUUGCCCUCGCGCAGGUACAAACUCGCCACAGAUACAUCUUCGCCACCACCGCUGCCUGCAGCGCACCCUGCUCCUUCCAGCAGCUGGUUUUCCAGCAUCUGGUUCUUUGGCGGGCCGGGCACCAUCGUCAGUGACUCUGCAUCCAAUGCUCCGUCGGAAUCAUCGGCAACCCCUGUGUCCGUCCCGCAAGCCCCGGAUCACGCUGCCAUCGGCGAGAGCUCUACAACCCAUCGCACACAAUCCACAUCAGCAACAGCAUCAUCGUCCCGCGCUCCGCCAUCCACAGCCGCGAAAAAGACCGCAUCGCACAACGCCGUCUGGACCGCCAGUGUCGCCUACCGCGGCUCCAGAUCGCACACGGCACCCGUGCGCAAGGGCGCCUCCACCUCCAGCAUCCCCAGCACCGUCCUCACUGACGACGCCGCCGCGGAGCGAGAGUGGCAGGCGCUUCAAAAUGGAAGCUCUAACGCAGCCAAGCCGAGGCGGCCUGGUCUCGUCGAUGCCUUUGCCAGUCCCACCAAGAAGCCACCCGCCAGCAACGCGCCCAAGUCGCAGGGCAGCCCCGGCCAGCAGCGCAAAUGGAGACAAGAGCGCGCAGCAUGGCGAGAAUCGCUCGGCGACCUGCAGGCCAUGAUGGAUCAAUCGCGAAUGCGGCGUGAGGCUGCUGCUGCCGCGAAAGCUGCAGCAGAGGCGGACGAAGCAGCUCUACCCGAAGCCAACGCUGGCACGAAAGGCAAGGCGUCACCUGUCAGUGCUGCUGCAAGCGCGGACGCGGCGCUGGCCAAGCUGUUGUCGGGGCCCGCACUGCCGUUUCUCUCGACCGAUCCGGCGGUUGCGCCGCGCAACGGCUCCUGCACACGCCCCACGCACCUCAGCCUGCGACGCAUGAAGAGCGUCGAGGUGCUCGGCAAGAUCAUGCGCGAGCGCCGCACCGUCUCGAGCGCAACGACACCCAGCGCGCAAGCGAGUGGCUCGGGAGCGGUCGAGGUGGACACGACGGCGGGACAGAUCAGUCCGCGCCUAGCGAGGCGCGCCACCCCACCCAAGCUCACCGUCUCUUCGCCGCGCGGCAUUUCGUCGCCCAAGGAGCUGGCGCUCGAGGGCGGCGAGUUCGAGCCUGCCUCGUGGUCGCCCGCGCGCGACGGCAUCAUCAUCUCGAAUCGGCGGGUGGCCAAGAAGCCGCGCUCGCGCCUGCGCCAUGCCGCGUCGGGAUCCGACCUGCGCAGCGCAGCCGCUGUCGCAGCGGAGGAGGCGAGUCUCGAGACACCCUCGCGCUCCGCACGCAGGGGACGCAGCAAGAGCCGCGCCGCCGACAGUGCGCGCGCGCCCGUCGCGGCGCUGCUGCGCGACUCGGUCGGCACGCUCUCGCGCGGCGCUACGGUGCAGGCGCUGCGCAAAGACGUGCGUGGACUCGACGAGGUCGAUGGCGGGCGCGGCGGCGUCGACGAUUCGCCCACCCGCAUGCGCAUGCGCAACGUAGCGCUGCGCAAGGACAUGCCCGCCGCACGCAUCACACGCACCAGCAAGAUCAUGCGUCUCAUCGAGGAUGCCGAAAACAUGCCCAUCAUCGUCGCCAACACCGCAGAGAAGGCCUCGCUCUCGUCUUCGCUCACCAACAAGAGCCGCGACCGCAUGCACGCCAUCACGCGUGUGCUCGGACAGCGCCAACCAACCGCUGAUGCUCAGCCACAACCACCACUGCAACGCAUCUGA